UUGUGGCUUUGUGGCAAUGGUUCUCAUGGUGAUCGCCAAACUGGGAGUGGUAGCUGGAGUUGCAUUUGCUACCAAGCAGCUGGGAGUUUGGGAGAGCCCAGAGCACUCGGCUGUGUUAGUGGAGAGCGCCAGAGAACGUCUUAGACCUUACGCCCAGGACCUGAAGGAUCGGAUCUGCUGCUGGAAAUGUCAGGAGAAAUGCAUGGAGGAACUCGAGCCGAAGCCCUGGCGAGAGUCUUUCGUGGACUCCUGGAAUGACACCAUCAAAAAAGCUUUUCUCUACCUGAAUCAGGUGCCCACAUACUUUCAUCACUUUAUGGAGGAUGUGGAGAAAGCCGUAGCCGAUUUGGCCAAGGAGAAGGACCAAAAGAUAGACCAAAAGCACAAAACAUCGGCUAAAUCCAAUUGAAAACAGCUUGAUGGAAAUAUAAGUAUCUGUGUGCCAAUUAGCUAUCAAAAAACCAGGACACCAAUUAGGUUCUUGUGAGCAAACUAUAUUAAAACCAAUGUUUAAUUUCAA